AUGGCGCGCUCCGCUGUGACGCUGGCUGUCGCUCUGCUCGUCACCAUGGUGCUCUGCAGCUCCCUUGGAGGUGGCUCUGCUCAUGAGAUCGUCCCCGGCUUUCUCCAGACGCUUCUCGAAGGCUCGGCCGAGCAGCUGUACGCUGGCCCGAUUUCUCAGUACGAAGUCGAUGGUUUGACUAGGGCUGCUCUGGCCGCGCUGAAGGAGUGCAUCGACGGGCUGUCUCCCGAGCACGUGAAGGCCCUCGUCAACCUGCUGAAACUCGUCCGGACAGAGGCUUAA